CCCAUUUAUUACCAUCAUCAUCUCUCUGACUCUUCUACUUCUUCCUUUUGUCCUAAAAAAAUUUGUCUCUUUUUUGUUCGAUUCAGGUUAAGUUCUCGAUCAUCAAUCGUUUCUUUCUCCAGCAAUAAUUAGACUUCAUCUCUAAAUGGGCAACUGCUUCUCCGAAGAUGUCUCCUCGGGACCUGGUGCUACAGCCAGCGUUAGUGGAACUGCUUCUUCCUCCUCCGCUCUCGCCACUACUAACGACGCCGUUGAUUACUAUCUCAAGUCUCGUGGUUACAACGGUCUCUUCUCUCAGAUCGAGCUAUCUUUUUCUGCUACUAAUUUGCGAGACCGUGACGUGCUCUCCAAGAGUGAUCCUAUGGUGGUUGUCUAUAAGAAGGAAAAAGACGAGACACUCUCCGAAGUGUUCCGCACUGAAGUUGUUUUAAACUCUUUAGCUCCUAAAUGGAUUAAGAAGUUUACACUCGCUUACCAUUUCGAGACUGUGCAGACGUUGUUGUUUCGUCUGUAUGAUGUUGACACUCAGUAUCAAAACUCAAGAGAGGAGAUGCUUAAGCUUGAUGAUCAGCAGUUUCUCGGUGAGGCAACAUGUGCAUUGUCUGAGAUAGUCACAAAAUCAACUAGGACGAUUACAUUAGAGCUAAAGCGUAAAGAAGGCUUUGCCGCGCGGUCUCAGCCUCACCAUGGAAAGCUUAUCAUCCAUGCUGAGGAGUGCCUUGCUUCUAAGAUUACGACAGAGAUAGUAUUCAGGUGUUCGAGUUUGGAAUCUAAAGAUCUUUUCUCAAAAAGUGAUCCGUUUUUGGUGGUAUCAAAGAUUGUGGAGCACGGAACUCCAAUCCCAGUGUCAAAAACUGAAGUCAUGAAGAACAAUCUUAACCCUAUUUGGAAACCACUCUUCCUAAGUGUUCAACAAGUCGGUAGUAAGGACAGUCCACUGAUAAUAGAGUGCUCAGACUUCAAUUCCAAUGGCAAACACAGUCUGAUCGGAAAAGUUCAAAAAUCGCUUGCAGACUUGGAGAAACUCCAUUUGGCUGGCCAAGGAAUCAAUUUAUCUCUGCGUACAGCUGCUGGACAAAACAAGGUAUUAAAGAGCCAGCUUUAUGUGGAGAAGUUCACAGAGACUGUCCAGCACACAUUCCUUGAAUACUUGGCAUCAGGGUUUGAACUAAGCUUCAUGGUAGCAAUCGAUUUCACAGCUUCAAAUGGCAACCCUCGCCUUCCUGAUUCUCUGCACUACGUUGAUCCUUCAGGACAAUUAAAUGCUUACCAGAGAGCUAUAGUGGAACUGGGAGAAGUGUUGCAGUUUUAUGACUCGGAUAAACGCUUCCCUGCCUGGGGAUUUGGAGCUCGUCCAAUAGAUAGUCCAGUUUCACAUUGCUUUAACCUCAACGGAAGCAGCUCAUACUGUGAGGUGGAUGGGAUUCAAGGAAUCUUGACUUCAUACACAAGUGCCCUCUUCAACGUCUCUCUAGCAGGACCUACUCUUUUUGGUCCGGUCAUAAAAUCCGCUGCGAUGAUAGCUAGCCAGUCUCUAGCUCAAGGCUCCCGGAGAUACUACGUCUUACUAGUCAUCACAGAUGGUGUUAUAACAGAUCUUCAAGAAACAAAAGACGCGUUAGUCAGUGCAUCGGAUUUGCCGCUAUCAAUCCUCAUUGUAGGAGUUGGAGGAGCUGAUUUUAAAGAGAUGGAGAUACUAGAUGCUGAUAGAGGAGACAGGUUGGAGAGCUCGACAGGGAGAUUAGCUUCACGAGAUAUCGUUCAGUUUGUGGCAUUACGAGAUGUGCAACAUGGAGAGAUCUCUGUAGUACAAGCGCUUCUUGCAGAACUGCCUUCACAGUUUCUGACGUAUAUGAGAAUCCGUAACAUGAAGCCAGGUCCUCCGUGAAUGAUGUAAAUGUUUUGCCAAAGAAGUGUACAUAGUCAUAUAUACUUACAUUGGCUUUUUUCUAUUUCAUGUUUAUGUGUUUCUUUUUCUUUUCGGAAUCUUGGAUGUAAAAAGUUUCGGAUGAAGCAACUGGGAAUACAUCUCAUGUGUGCAUCUUUCUUUGUAGUAACUAGUAAGCUUUUUCUGGUGUCUAGUUUGAUUAUUUUGAAUUAUAUC